AAAAGCGGGGUGCUGACAAUAUUUUGAGAACCGGAAACUUUGUCAACCCUGUAGCUGGUUACAGAAAGAAAACGAAAGGACAAAAUUUGAUACGCAAGGUUUUAACUGUUACCAUUUCUUCUGAAUAAAUGGAGAUACACUGGCACGGUGCGCUUGAUUUAUUGUUCCUGUUAUCAAUAGCCGCGUGUGCGUGUGCCCGCGCAGCUGAAGAGUACGGCCGUUCGCCAACCGCCCGCUAUGAUAGCGCCUGUUCAUCCUGCAACCCCCUCAAUCUGGCCUGUCCCCGGCUAUCCGACAUCCCGGCCUGCCCCACUCCGACACCACCGACCGCCUGCUUGGCACCGCCGGCGUGUAAGGAUCUUACCUGCAAUCCGUGUACACCCUGUCUGAACUGCACAUGUACCGCCUGCGUUAAAUGCCCCGAUUGUAAAUGCGACAUCGCUAUGGACAUACUGGAAACACUUCUCAUCGGAAGUUAUGGCACAUUACUUAAGCGCAAAAAACGCGACGUAGAUGAUGUGUCCCCGGAAAUAAGCAUUGCUAGUCUGAAGGAUCUUCGCCGCAAAGGAAAGCCUACAUUCCAAAGAUUCCAGACGCAACCGGUGAACAGUAGUGAGUUGUGCCACGGGGAUUACAUGAUGACCGACGGUCAAGUGUACUGCGUCACCGCGGGUUCGGCUGCCAAGGUGUCCGUAAACGAAACAACGGGAAUGCUGACAAAUGCGAUGUUCUUAGUAUCUUUCCAAAAUGAUCCAAUUGGACAAAUUGUAUACUCCGCACCUGCGUGAGAUCAAAGCCAGAAAUUUCGUCAUCAACGGAAAUUAUUUAAUGCACGAUUAUUCUUGCACGAUUUCGCUGUUAAUAAACUUACUGUUAGUACUUAGUGCACAGAUACACUUACAGAUAUAUCGUGCGACGGUGCGAGUUUACUUGUAUAUCAUAUGUACGAGUAUAUCAAUUUUACUCCUUUUGAGCCAUUGUGUGCAAGCGUAGUUAAUGUGUUAAAACGUAGUUUUCUAUCUGUAGAAGAAAAAGCGAUUUAUUUUUGUGUAUUGCUGGCAUUUAUUUAUUAUUUGUUUUGUUUAUUGUACGCGAAUCAGUGCGUCUCAAGUUCCCAAUGCAUUCGCAAUA